UACCGCUGCUUGGACGCGUAGGCUAUGAUCUGUCGCGUUUCUUAACGAGUUCUGUAAGUUUCUUUGAAACCGUAUCAAGUUUCAGUCGUAAUAUUUGCGCAACGUUGUAGCAAGGGAGUAGGCUAUUUUACUUUAGAGGUUUUAUCUGUGCAACAGUUUAUCAAAGCAUCAUCUUUUUUCCCAUCCCAACCAAAAUUGGCUUGAUAGUGAGCUGAUGGACUAAACUUUUAUAUUUUUACCCAGUGUUUCGGAGAACACCAGACAUUAUCCUGCAGCAGGACUAUAACAGCAAGACAGCGAAAUGAUGAACAGGAACGGAAUGGUCACAAAGAUUCGCACGCGGAUAAGAACCGACCCCUUCAAGAACAGUUAUGACCUGGUCGGGAAAGAGCUUGGAAGGGGCAAGUUUGCCGUUGUAAAGAAGUGUGUUGAGAAGACAACCGGGAAGGAACACGCCGCAAAGUUCCUGAAGAAAAGGCGAAAGGGCCUGGAUUGCCGUGGCGACAUUCUGAAUGAGAUUGCAGUGCUGGAAUCGGCAGAGGCAAAUCCCUAUGUGGUGGCACUGCAUGAAGUCUACGAAACCACAGCAGAAAUCAUCCUCGUCUUAGAGUGUGCUGCUGGAGGGGAAAUUUUUAAUCAGUGUGUCGCUGACAACGAUGAGGCCUUCACAGAGAAAGACGUAAUCCGAUUGGCCAGGCAGAUUCUAAAGGGCGUGUCCUGUCUUCAUCAGAAUAAUGUGGUGCAUCUGGACCUUAAGCCUCAGAAUAUUCUGUUGACCAGUGCUCAGCCAUUGGGUGACAUACGUAUUGUUGAUUUUGGCUUGUCUCGGCGGAUGGACAGCACGUCAGAGGUACGGGAGAUCCUGGGCACUCCUGAGUAUGUGGCUCCUGAAAUUCUGAACUAUGAGCCCAUCAGCACAGCUACUGACAUGUGGAGUAUUGGAGUGCUGACAUAUGUGAUGCUGACAGGGGAGUCACCUUUUCUUGGGGACAACAAACAGGUGACCUUCCUGAACAUCUCCCAGGUCAACUUGGACUAUUCAGAGGAAGUCUUUCAGGGCAUCUCUGACCUUGCAGUGGACUUCAUCCAAUCGCUGCUCAUCAAAAACCCCAAAAAACGAGCGACUGCAGAACAGUGUUUAUGUCAUCCCUGGUUAAACAGCCGCUCUCAUCACCAUUCUGUUGACACUCCUCUUGAUGAACAAGAAGCCAGCCAGUCAGAAUCCGAGCCUGAAAGUCCAGUACUUUCCCCAGAGCUUGUUGUCAUGCCUUCAUAUCCCAUCUACCUGGGUCAGGGGGAGCUGAAGACAGGUCGGGACACAUUCGGUUUCUCAGAACCCUUCCAAUCCCGUCCUGAGAUACAACAAGAGCUCAUCUGUUAAGUUACAGAUGUGAUUGCUCAAUCAAUGGAGAGCUGCUUGAGUUCUGCAGCCAAUGAAUUUUGUCAGUGUUACUGACCAAAAGACUCAACCUGCCAUUCUGGUUUGGCCUAGUUUGGACUGGACAGCGACAGUCUGCUCAGGUGUUUGUGGCACCAUUGUGCAUGUAAAGUCUUUGUGUAUUGUUGUGUAGGGUACAUGGCUGUCUGUGUUUGGGCACUGUCAACGUGAAUACCAGUUCAGUCUUCCUUUUGACCACAGACAUAUGAGAGAGAGAGAGAGAGAGUGUGUGUGUGUGUGUGUGUGUGUGUGUGUGUGUGUGUGUGUGUGUGUGUGUGUGUGUGUGUGUGUGUGUGUGUGUGUGUGUGUGUGUGUGUGUGUGUGUGUGUGUGUGUGUGUGUGUGUGUGUGUGUG